AUGUCUCUCCUACUGGCUCCCGAUCAAGGCACCGAAACAGCAAGCAAGCGUUACCAACGCUUUGAGUCUUGUAUAUACGUCGCAUCGCAAUCUUGCAGUACGAAAUGGACUUGGGAUCAAUUCGUGAUGUGUUUCCCAACAUGGGUGAAAGAAGAGGCAAGUGUUGCGGGAGAAAUUCGAAUGCAGAUAUCGAAGUUCAUGAAAGAUACCUUAGUGAAAGAGAGCAGUGAACUACUACGGCUCUAUGAGGCCCGUGCAGCGAUAGACGCCUUAGACGAGGCCAUUGUUGAAGCUAAGAAGAGACAAGUCGAGGAAGAUAAUGGAAACCACAAGGACGAAUGGAAACCAGACAUAGAUCCUCGCACUGCUCUGGAAGAGCAGAAUCGCAAGUAUAUUGCAAGAAUCCAACGUAACAGAGCGGAAUACAGAGCAAUUGACCAAGAAAUCAAGUCCCGCUUGAAUACAGUGGAACAGGUCUACAAAAUCAUUAACAGUAUGGACAAUGAAGAACUGCAACAAUGGAUGUUAGCUGCAGAUGAAGCCGGGACUACUACUGCUGACUAG